GUUUAUGUUUAUAAAUUGAUCAAUAUUUACAAAAAAACACCGAUUUAUUGAAUUAAAAGUGUACAAACACGUAGAAAUUCUAUUCUAAUCACUUUAGUAGCACACCUACUUAAUUAUCCAAGUCAUAAUCUUGCUAUAUCAUUAGGAAUAACUUAGUAAUUUAGUGAAAAUGUUAGCGCUAUUACUUUUAAAUAAUAUGACGGCUAAACGCAAGGCUGCGAGGCGAGUACAGGCGAUAAAAGUAGAACAAAGAACACCAGCUUCAAGAGAUACAGAAGCACCUUGCUGCAGGACUUGCCUAAAUAGAAAUACAGACGAUUUAAUGGCGAUAUUUCUCGACAAAGAGAGCGAAAUGAAAAGAUCGCGCGAAUUGAAACUUGUGACUGGAUUGAAGAUAAGAAUGGACGACGGACUGUCACAGCAGAUUUGCACGCGAUGUGUGGAGACCAUGACUGUAGCGAUGCAGUUCCGAAGAACCAGUCGGAAGGCUGAGAAGGAACUACGGAGUUUGUUGUCAGCUUGCGACCGCACCUGUACGGAGAAUAUAAGGAAAUCAGUUAAUCUUCAACUUCGAAGGAGCAUGGCUAGACCUAAGAUGGUGACAGUACCGAGACGCAAGAUCCCCCCCAACCCGAUAAAGGCGACCAAGGUAGAGAAGGUGGAACUCAACGACUACAGCUACGAGAUAUGUGGUGAGGGGUUCCAAAAUGAUGGUGAUGAUGAUGAUGAGGAUUACUCCGCUGUUGUGAAGCCGGAGACUAAUGAUGUUGCUGAUGCUGUUGAGGAGUUGCAAGACCCCCCAUCCCCGCCGAAACAGAAACGCCUCCCCAACUGCGCGUCGUAUAAGUGCGCGACGUGCAACAAGGAGUUUCGCAUGAAGGCCACGUACAAGGCGCAUAUACGCUUCCAUACCAACUUCUGUGUGUGCGAGGUAUGUGGAAAGAGAUGCCGCAACAACAAUCAGCUGCAGGAACACAAGCGAGCCCGCCACGGACUCUACAAGAUACACAAGUGUGCCUACUGCGAGUACAGCUCCGCUACUAAGGAGGCCCUUAUUAUCCACGAGCGCCGCCACACGGGCGAGCGCCCCUACAUCUGCGACCACUGCGGCGCUACCUUCCACCGGAGGUCGAACCUGGUACAACACAUUGCUAUACACCUCCCCGAGAAUAACUUCCAGUGUGACAUGUGCCCAAAACGGCUGAAGUCGCGCAAAUUCCUUCAGAUACACAAAUAUAACAUGCAUACCGGCAAGCGGUACGGCUACCUAUGCAGCAUAUGCGAGCAUAGGUUCGAGAAACCUAAUAAAGUACGUGCGCAUAUGCGAAGAGUGCAUGGCGCUGCGGACGACCAAAUUGGACCCAUAGCUAGAGUACAGCUAUAGGCUAAUAUUAAG